GAAAUCCCAUUCUAGUGUUUAGUCCACCCGUGUGAAUCUUUCCCAAAGUUGGGCGAGUGCCCUGACCUACUCUGCAAUCCUGUUGUGACUCUGACAUGGAGGCCUUCUCAUUGCUGCUCAAGUCUGCACAUUAUUUAAAGACAUUUUUCUAUGUAGUCAUUCUUCAUGGAGGAUAUGUUUCAUUUGUCCCAAAUUCUUGCACCAUGCCCUGGAGACACAAGAGUCAGGGGAUUGGAGCUGGAUCUGACCUGAAGGUCUCCUGCCUAAGGGAAAUGCUGACCUUCUGGGAUGUGGCCAUUGAGUUCUCUGCAGAAGAGAGGGAAUGUCUGGAGCCUGCUCAGUGGAAUCUGUACAGGGAUGUGAUGCUGGAGAAUUACAGCAACCUUGUGUUCCUUGGUCUUGCUGUGUCUAAGCCACUCCUAGUGACAUUUUUGGAACAAAGACAAGAGCCUUCAGAUGUGAAGAGACAAGCAGCAGCCAAUGUGCAUCCAGGAGUAAUUUGUACUUCCCAACAAGGAACAACGCCUAAGAAUUAUAUUAACAAGGCCAUUGGUUGUAACCCGCUGCAUAUUCAAUGCCAGAGAAUUCAUUCACGGGAGAAACUCUACAAGUGUGAAGAAUGUGGAAAGGGCCUAAGUUCUCAAAUAACACUUUCCAUCCACAAGAGACUUCAUACUGGAGACAAACCCUACAUGUGUAUAGAAUGUCAUAAGACCUUUAAUACUCGCUCAUCACUUUUUAUACACCAGAAAAAUCAUACUGAUGAAAAAUCCUACAAGUGUGAAGAAUGUGGCAAAUUAUUUUACUAUCCUUCAAUGCUGAAGCAACAUCAAAGGAUUCAUUGUGGAGAGAAACCCUACAAGUGUGAAGAAUGUGGCAAAGCUUUUUAUGAACCAUCAUUCCUUCAUGUACAUCAACGAAUUCAUUCUGCAGAGAAACCCUACAGGUGUGAAGUAUGUGGCAAAGCUUUUUAUGGACUAUCAUUCCUUCAGGUACAUCAACAAAUUCAUACUGCAGAGAAACCCUACAAGUGUGAAGAGUGUGGCAAAAGGUUUUCUUACCUUGCACAUCUUAAGCAGCAUCAGACAGUCCACACUGGAGAGAAAUCACACAAGUGUAAAGAGUGUGGCAGAUGUUUUUUCUCAUCUUCAUCCCUUAGAAGACAUAAAAAAAUCCAUUCUGAAGACAAUCCUUAUACCUGUGUACAAUGUGGCAAACGGUUUUCCUGUUCUAGGCAGCUUCGGGAACAUCAAACACUUCAUACUGGAGAGAAACCCUACAAGUGUGAAGAGUGUGGUAAAUGUUUUUCCUUAUCUUCAUCCUUUAAACGACAUCAAACAAUUCAUUCUGAAGACAAUCCUUAUACCUGUGUACAAUGUGGCAAACGAUAUUUUUGUUCUAGGGAUCUUCAGGAACAUCAAACACUUCAUACUGGAGAGAAACCCUACAAGUGUGAAGAAUGUCACAAAGGCUUUCGUUAUCACUCAGGCUUUAUGAAACACAAGAGAGUUCAUAAUGGAAAGAUAUCCUAAAACUGUGAAGAAUGUGUCAAUGUUUUUCUUCAUCCUCAAACCUUAGAUGACAUUAAAGAAAAGAGAGAAAAAAAAUUCAUUCUGAAGACUAUUCCUGAAAUUGUGGAUAAUGUAGCAAAGGAUCUGCUAAUUUUUAUAUUCUUACUCAACACAUGAUAUAUUUCAUACAGGAGAGAAAUCCUAAAAAUGUCUUAAGAAGUUUACUUCUUUAGUUUGUGUAGCUCCUUGACAGGUUGGGCCUUGCAUGCUCCUCCCUCCCAGCGCUGCCAAGAUGCCCAAGAGGAAGGUUAGUGAGGAUGAAGUGGCGAAGGCGGAGUCUAAGCAAUGCUCAGCCAGGCUGUCGGUCAAGCCCGCCCCUGCCAAGGUGGACAGGAAGCUGAAGAAGACCGCAGGAAUGGAUAAGUCAUCAGACAAAAAAGUGCAAACGAAAGGGAAGAGGGGAGCAAAGGGCAAACAGGCUGAGGUGUCGGACCAGCAAACCACAGAUGUGCCUGCAGAAAAUGGAGAGACUGAAAACCAGAGUCAGCCUCUGAAGUGGAAAAGAAAGAAGCCAAGCCCAACUAGCCAUCCAUCGGGUCUGUCAGUGUCCCCGCCUCCCUUUUUGUACAAUCCCCGGGGAAUAUUUUUUUAUCAACUAUUUUGUAAAUGUGAGGUUUUUAGUAGCUCUAGAAACGUUUUUAAAAGGUGGGAGGAAGUCCCACCUCAUCCCAAUUUUUUAAGUGUUUUUGCUGGUUGUUUAUUUUUUGGUACAACCAGAAAAUAGCAGGAUACUGAAUCAGGAGAGGCUGUGACUGUCUCGGGGGACACCAUAACAUUCUAUAGAGGGGGCUAGUUUUAUAUCCUACAACACAUACUAAAUAGUAAUUUGGAGUCUUGGUUGUGCAUUGGUGUCUGGAAUAUUUUCAGUUAUUUCUGGUCUUGUGUUUCUAGUAGAACUGUAUCCUAAAAAAAAAACAAAAACACUCCUCGGUCCUUGCCCUGUCAGAACUGUCUCUGGUCAUGGCAGUCCAUUUUCCUAACAAUUGUGAUAAUGUGCUGUGAAAGAUUGAAAUUUUGAAUAUGUACUGUAUGUGGCAUAAAACUGUGAGUCAGUGGAAUUAAGGAUUGUGAUCAUUUGAUUGUUAUGUGAGGUCUUAGGGAAAUUUUGCCAAGCUUAGGAUGGAACAUCAUUGGAAUAAGUUCAAAGAGAAACAACACAUGGCUCUUUUGGGUACGUGAACACAAUGUAUGACUCUUAUUAGAGUUUGGGUCUAUGUUUUAAGAAUUGAAAUGUCUGUGUACUCAACCAACCAAUAAAGUCUCAGUUAUGAAAGAGAAGAAGAAGAAGAAGAAGAAGAAGAAGAAGAAGAAGAAGAAGAAGAAGAAGAAGAAGAAGUUUACUUCUUCAACACUUAAAACACAUCAAAUAAUUCAUUCUGACUACAAAUUCCAUGAGUGUGUGAAGUGUGGUAAGAUCUUUGCUAACAAUUCAGAUCUUAUCCAACUCAAAGGAAUCCAUAGUGGAGAAUAUUAAGUUAAUUAUUUUGGAAUGCUAACAUGAACACCUCACUUCCAAGAGCACAAAUGUUAAGAAUGUCACCAGAGAAAAUUACAGGCUUCUCUUUGCUGUAACCCCCAAAAGUUUGUUCAAGCAAUACGUUUGAAACUUGCCUUGAUUAAUGAGUCUCUUUCUUGUGUAACUAUAAAUGUUCCAUGAAACCUUUACCAUGUCCUCACUUUGUCCAUUUGGUGCCUGGAGUCUGAGGACUGGGCUGUGUUAUAGUUACUGUUGUUUUUCCCAGUGGAGUCAUUCAAACUUCAAACACUUCAGAGAUCUACAGAAUAAGGCAUUUAAGAUAU